AUGUCUGAUGCCCACAGUCCUCGUCAUGACGCGAGAUCUCACGAUCAUCGUCGCUCUACCCAGUCAGCUUCAGCUCCACCAGGAGACGUCUCACAACUCCCCAAAGGCCAAUGCCGUUACAUUCUCACAUUACCCGAAUUAAAAGGCCAUCGGUGCGGGUGUAUGGGGUUUCAUCACAACACAUCUCUUCCUGGCGCAACAUGUUACUGCGGCCAUUUCGCAUGCUUCCACUCUCCGCACUCUAUACAAAGGACAGGCGACGACUUGGCAGUUCUGAAAAGGCGCGUUAAGGAUCUGGAAGCAAUGUUGCAACAAAAAGGAAGCUACCAACCAGAAAGCCUUGUCUGCAGGAUCAGCGAUCUUGAGGAAACAGUGGAGAGCAACGAAGAAGAGUCUGCCAUGCAAAUGAAAGCUUUGUAUCAGAAUAGCUCUGCAGCAUGGGAGGUUAUAGAAGCGUUACAAGAGCGGACCAAGACUCUUGAGACAUAUUGCGGCCUGUAUCGGGAGCAGAUGGCGGCGACGAGGGGCGAGUUGAGAGAGCUGUAUAAUAGGCAGCUGGAGUUAAUGGAUGGCGAAGAGAGUCUGGAGGAAAGACUUCAUAGGCUGGAGGACCCAGGUGAUAUACUACCGGCAUUUCCAACUACGCCUAUGGGCUCGUUGCGAAUGGAUACCCGGUAG